UUCGCAAUAAAAACACAAGAAACUCUAUAGACAUAGAGAGGAAGCUUGAACUUGCAAUAAAUGCUAUUAAAAAGCAAGAAUUAGCCUCAAUUCAUGAGACUGCAUGUCUGUUUGAGGUGCCUUGCACUACUCUGCAGGAUCAGUUCAGGGGCAGGUCUUCAAGAGUGAAUUUACACACAAAUUUAACCAAAUUUACUAAGGCUGAAGAAGAUCAGCUACUUCAAUAGGUGCUGGAUCCGGAUAAAUGUGGAAUACCUUCUCAGCCAGCAUUUAUUGAGAAUAUGGCUAAUCAUCUUCUUAUCUGUGAGGAUUGUACUUCGCGGAUCAGCACGACAAUGGAUCUCUAGUAGGAAUUGUGUGUGGAAAGGAAUACAUGAGGAUUGCCACUGGCCUCCAUUAAGGGGUUUGUGCAGUGACUGCCUUUUAUUUAUGUGUGCUCGCGAGCGGCUCCCAGCCCUCACAAGUGUUCAGCAUGCAAACCAAUGUCAGCUUGUGCAAGGCACUUACAGCUUGAGUGUAAGGAUUCGCCCGCGAACCCCUUACAUUAGAGUUCUGUUGUGCCUUCUCUUCUUCCUGUGAUUGUUGUUCUGCUGGCUCUGGCUGGUAAUAUUGUGGUUGCUGUUCCCCCUGCCCCAGCAGAAUUUGUGGGUGCCAUGGUCCUGCAGGGUGCUUGGGACUACCCAGCACCCCUUCAUGAGAUUGACAAUGGUGAUCCCAGACGAUCAUUUACAAGAUUCCUGAUACUUUUUAAUCACUACAAUGGCCCGGCAUCGCCAUCAGGCCUCAGUCGAGGGCAUCAUCGACUUUUCCGGACCUGAAUCCUUACCAGCGGAUCAGCACGCCCGGGCAAAACAGAGAUUUUACAGCAUCAUCAAACAUUUCAGACCAGCACUGGAGGCAUCUGAUGUUGCCUACAGCCGCCCGUUCCUCGUCCGCUAUACUUAUGAGUACUCACGUUCUGAAUUAUCGCAGGACACCUUCUUACGCGCCUUUUUCGAUUUUAUGGGCCUAGAUGUCGCUGGAGACAGAUAUUGA